AUGGCUACUGGGAUGUCUGUGGCUGUCAGUCCACCUCACCUCCACCUGUCUGUGACUGUCAAUCCACCUCACCUCCACCUGUCUGUGGCUGUCAGUCCACCUCACCUCCAUCUCCCUGUGACUGUCAGUCCACCUCACCUCCACCUGUCUGUGACUGUCAGUCCACCUCACCUCCAUCUCCCUGUGACUUUCAGUCCACCUCACCUCCAUCUCCCUGUGACUGUCAGUCCACCUCACCUCCACCUGUCUGUGACUGUCAGUCCACCUCACCUCCAUCUCCCUGUGACUGUCAGUCCACCUCACCUCCAUCUCCCUGUGACUGUCAGUCCACCUCACCUCCAUCUCCCUGUGACUGUCAGUCCACCUCACCUGUCUGUGACUGUCAGUCCACCCCACCUCCAUCUCCCUGUGACUGUCAGUCCACCUCACCUCCACCUGUCUGUGACUGUCAGUCCAUCUCACCUCCAUCUCCCUGUGACUGUCAAUCCACCUCACCUCCACCUGUCUGUGGCUGUCAGUCCACCUCACCUCCAUCUCCCUGUGACUGUCAGUCCACCUCACCUCCACCUGUCUGUAACUGUCAGUCCACCUCACCUCCACCUGUCUGUGGCUGUCAGUCCACCUCACCUCCACCUGUCUGCGGCUGUCAGUCCACCUCACCUCCAUCUCCCUGUGACUGUCAGUCCACCUCACCUCCACCUGUCUGUGGCUGUCAGUCCACCUCACCUCCACCUGUCUGUGGCUGUCAGUCCACCUCACCUCCACCUGUCUGCGGCUGUCAGUCCAUCUCACCUCCAUCUCCCUGUGACUGUCAGUCCACCUCACCUCCACCUGUCUGCGGCUGUCAGUCCACCUCACCUCCAUCUCCCUGUGACUGUCAGUCCACCUCACCUCCAUCUCCCUGUGACUGUAUGUGACUCUGUCCACCUCUUUUCUUUCUGUAUGUGA